CGCCGCGCACGCGCGAUGGCGUGGCGGCAGCGCCGCCGCAGGACGCAGGGAAGCCAACUAGCGAGUAGUGGUGGCGGAGGCGGCGGCAGCGGCGGUGGCAGUUCGCGGCGAGGGCGACGGUUCCGAGACCGAGUGGCGGUUCGGCGGAGGCCUGGGUGCCCUCCUCCGUGUGAUCCUCUUGUGAUUAGCCUUUGUACCUGCCCUGCAUUUGAAGAUGGUGAAGCUGGAUAUUCAUACUCUGGCCCAUCACCUCAAGCAGGAACGCUUAUAUGUAAACUCUGAGAAACAGCUCAUUCAGAGGCUAAAUGCAGAUGUACUUAAGACGGCUGAAAAGUUGUAUCGGACAGCAUGGAUUGCUAAGCAACAGAGAAUUAAUUUGGACCGGCUUAUCAUAACCAGUGCUGAAGCUUCCCCUGCUGAAUGUUGCCAGCAUGCCAAGAUUUUGGAAGAUACACAGUUUGUUGAUGGAUAUAAGCAAUUAGGAUUUCAGGAGACUGCUUAUGGAGAAUUCUUGAGUCGGUUAAGGGAAAAUCCUCGUCUUAUUGCCUCCUCUUUGGUUGCUGGGGAGAAACUUAAUCAGGAGAACACACAAAGUGUUAUUUACACAGUUUUUACCUCCCUCUAUGGCAACUGCAUUAUGCAAGAAGAUGAAAGCUACCUCCUUCAGGUUUUGAGAUACUUGAUUGAAUUUGAACUUAAAGAAAGUGACAACCCCAGGCGACUUUUGAGGAGAGGAACUUGUGCCUUCAGCAUCUUAUUUAAACUUUUUUCUGAAGGACUGUUUUCUGCCAAACUUUUUCUCACAGCUACUUUACAUGAGCCAAUCAUGCAACUACUUGUUGAAGAUGAAGAUCACCUGGAAACAGAUCCAAACAAGCUAAUCGAGAGGUUCUCCCCAUCUCAACAGGAAAAACUCUUUGGAGAGAAAGGCUCAGAUAGAUUCAGGCAAAAGGUUCAAGAGAUGGUGGAUUCCAAUGAAGCCAAACUGGUGGCUUUGGUGAACAAAUUCAUUGGUUAUCUCAAACAGAACACAUACUGCUUUCCACAUAGUUUGAGGUGGAUUGUGUCACAGAUGUACAAAACCCUCUCCUGUGUAGAUAGACUGGAAGUUGGGGAAGUCAGGGCAAUGUGUACUGAUCUCCUUUUGGCCUGCUUCAUCUGUCCUGCAGUUGUCAAUCCAGAACAGUAUGGAAUAAUUUCUGAUGCUCCUAUUAAUGAGGUGGCAAGAUUUAAUCUGAUGCAGGUUGGCCGCCUUUUGCAGCAAUUGGCAAUGACUGGCUCUGAAGAGGGAGACCCCCGGACAAAGAGCAGCCUUGGAAAAUUUGACAAAAGCUGUGUUGCUGCUUUCCUUGAUGUUGUGAUUGGGGGCCGCGCAGUGGAGACCCCUCCAAUGUCCUCCGUUAAUCUUCUGGAAGGAUUGAGCAGAACUGUGGUUUAUAUAACCUACAGUCAGCUUAUUACUCUGGUGAAUUUUAUGAAGAGUGUAAUGUCUGGAGAUCAACUAAGAGAAGAUAGGAUGGCUCUUGACAAUUUAUUGGCAAACCUGCCCCAGGCAAAGCCAGGAAAAAGUAGCAGUUUAGAAAUGACUCCCUAUAAUACUCCUCAGCUGUCUCCAGCAACCACUCCAGCAAAUAAGAAGAAUCGAUUGCCUAUAGCAACUCGGAGUAGAAGCCGCACCAAUGUGCUAAUGGACUUACAUAUGGACCAUGAAGGGUCAUCUCAAGAAACCAUCCAGGAAGUGCAGCCUGAAGAGGUGUUGGUCAUUUCCUUAGGGACAGGUCCCCAGCUCACUCCAGGGAUGAUGUCGGAAAAUGAGGUCCUAAACAUGCAACUUUCGGAUGGAGGACAAGGAGAUGUCCCUGUCGAUGAAAACAAACUCCACGGUAAACCUGAUAAAACCUUGCGCUUUUCCCUCUGCAGUGAUAAUCUGGAAGGAAUAUCUGAAGGUCCUUCAAAUCGCUCCAAUUCGGUAUCUUCUCUAGACCUGGAAGGAGAGUCUGUAUCAGAACUUGGAGCAGGACCUUCUGGGAGCAAUGGAGUCGAAGCUCUACAGCUAUUGGAGCAUGAGCAAGCUACAACACAAGAUAAUCUUGAUGAUAAGCUAAGAAAGUUUGAAAUACGUGACAUGAUGGGACUGACAGAUGAUAGAGAUAUAUCAGAAACAGUGAGUGAGACGUGGAGUACAGAUGUCUUAGGAAGUGAUUUCGACCCUAACAUUGAUGAAGAUCGCUUACAAGAAAUUGCAGGUGCAGCAGCAGAGAACAUGUUAGGCAGUUUACUGUGCCUGCCAGGUUCAGGGUCAGUGCUUCUUGACCCCUGCACUGGUUCUACCAUAUCAGAGACAACAAGCGAAGCUUGGAGUGUAGAGGUAUUGCCAAGUGACUCAGAGGCCCCGGAUCUAAAGCAGGAGGAACGUCUACAAGAACUGGAGAGCUGUUCUGGACUGGGCAGCACAUCUGAUGAUACGGAUGUCAGGGAGGUCAGUUCCCGCCCCAGCACACCAGGCCUCAGUGUUGUGUCGGGCAUAAGUGCGACCUCCGAGGAUAUUCCCAAUAAGAUUGAAGACCUGAGAUCUGAGUGCAGCUCUGAUUUUGGGGGUAAAGAUUCUGUCACUAGUCCAGACAUGGAUGAAGUAACUCAUGGCGCCCACCAGCUGACCUCUCCUCCUUCUCAGUCAGAGUCUCUACUUGCCAUGUUUGAUCCACUGUCUUCACAUGAAGGGGCUUCUGCUGUGGUAAGGCCAAAGGUUCACUAUGCCAGGCCAUCGCAUCCACCACCAGAUCCCCCAAUCCUGGAAGGAGCUGUGGGAGGAAAUGAGGCCAGGUUGCCAAAUUUUGGUUCCCAUGUUUUAACUCCAGCUGAGAUGGAAGCAUUCAAGCAAAGGCAUUCAUACCCUGAAAGAUUAGUUCGCAGCAGGAGCUCUGAUAUAGUCUCAUCUGUCCGGCGACCUAUGAGCGAUCCCAGCUGGAACCGACGUCCAGGGAACGAAGAACGAGAACUCCCUCCAGCUGCAGCCAUUGGUGCUACUUCUUUGGUGGCUGCACCUCAUUCAUCAUCUUCAUCCCCGAGUAAGGACUCCUCAAGAGGAGAGACUGAAGAACGCAAAGAUAGCGAUGAUGAGAAAUCAGACAGGAACAGACCUUGGUGGAGAAAACGUUUUGUUUCUGCCAUGCCUAAAGCUCCUAUACCAUUUAGAAAGAAAGAAAAACAAGAAAAAGACAAAGAUGAUCUGGGGCCUGACAGAUUCUCAACACUCACAGAUGAUCCCAGCCCUAGACUCAGUGCACAAGCUCAGGUCGCUGAGGAUAUUCUGGACAAAUACAGGAAUGCCAUUAAACGAACCAGCCCCAGUGAAGGAGCAAUGGCAAACUAUGAAAGUACAGAGGUCAUGGGUGAUGGUGAGAGUGCACAGGACUCUCCUCGUGAGGAAACACUGCAGAACAUGUCGGCUGAUGAUCUCCCGGACUCCGCGAGCCAAGCGGCCCACCCUCAGGACUCCGCUUUUUCGUACAGAGAUGCAAAAAAGAAACUGAGACUUGCUCUUUGCUCUGCGGAUUCCGUUGCUUUCCCAGUGCUAACCCAUUCAACAAGGAAUGGUCUACCAGACCACACAGACCCAGAAGACAAUGAAAUUGUUUGCUUCUUAAAAGUUCAAAUAGCUGAAGCAAUUAACCUACAAGAUAAGAACUUAAUGGCUCAACUUCAAGAAACUAUGCGCUGUGUGUGCCGCUUUGAUAACAGAACUUGUAGGAAACUGCUGGCCUCUAUUGCCGAGGACUACAGGAAAAGGGCCCCCUAUAUUGCUUAUCUCACUCGCUGUCGGCAAGGACUGCAGACCACACAGGCUCACCUGGAAAGGCUACUGCAAAGGGUCUUGCGGGACAAAGAGGUGGCCAAUCGAUACUUUACCACCGUCUGUGUAAGGUUGCUGCUUGAGAGCAAAGAAAAGAAGAUCAGGGAAUUCAUUCAAGACUUUCAGAAACUCACAGCAGCUGAUGAUAAAACUGCUCAGGUAGAGGAUUUUCUGCAGUUCCUUUAUGGUGCAAUGGCCCAGGACGUCAUAUGGCAGAACGCGAGUGAGGAGCAGCUUCAGGAUGCUCAGCUGGCCAUUGAACGAAGUGUGAUGAAUCGGAUUUUCAAGCUUGCUUUCUACCCUAACCAGGAUGGGGACAUACUUCGUGACCAAGUCCUUCAUGAACAUAUUCAGAGAUUGUCUAAAGUAGUGACUGCAAAUCACAGAGCUCUACAGAUACCAGAGGUUUAUCUUCGGGAGGCACCAUGGCCAUCCGCACAGUCAGAAAUCAGGACAAUAAGUGCUUACAAGACGCCCCGAGACAAAGUGCAGUGCAUCCUGAGAAUGUGCUCCACGAUCAUGAACCUCCUGAGUCUGGCCAAUGAGGACUCCGUCCCCGGAGCAGAUGACUUUGUCCCUGUUUUGGUAUUUGUGUUGAUAAAGGCAAAUCCACCCUGUUUGCUGUCUACCGUCCAGUAUAUCAGUAGCUUUUAUGCCAGCUGUCUGUCUGGAGAGGAGUCCUACUGGUGGAUGCAGUUCACGGCAGCGGUGGAAUUCAUUAAAACGAUUGAUGACCGGAAGUGACCAAGACCAAGGCCCACCGAGGCAGCAGACUGUUAGGCGGGCAAACAGCUCUCUUAGAAAAUGUACCAGCUGCUUUGAAGGCUGAAGAUUGUUUUUGUAUAAUAUUGUACAGCGUUCAGACAUUUUAAAACAGAUCUUUACUAAACAGAUUAAUGAGCUAACAAGCAGGUUCUCUUUUCUUUGGGCUCUUUUCUUUUCUGUUGCAUAUUUGGUUAUUUUCUUGUCCCAAGUAGAGACUAGUACUGCAAAAAGGGACCACAUUUUUCAGGUAUUUUGAAAUAUUAAAAAACAGAACAAAAUCUAGAAAAUUCCUAGAUCUCCAUUCACGAAUACCCAUUCCUUCCUUUUAUUUAAAAAAACAAAAAAGAAAAAGAAAAGAACAGUACACCUCUUUUUAGAUGCUGCGUAAUCUUCUAUGCAUCUAAUGGAAGGGAAAUAGCAGUUGCACUGAGGAUUAUAAUAGUGGUGACAUUAGUGGCAUUAUAUAAAUACACUCACCUAGAUCGAAAAGCUAAGAAGGAAAUGUAAAUAUAAUAUAUAUUUAUAUUUGAUGUAAUAUGGACAUCUUCAGAUUCUAAUAAACAAGGAAUAUUGCUGAUAGUAGGUUGUGACGUACCCUCUUGUGAAAUGGUUUCCUUGACAAAGUUUAAGCUGAGCUUAAAAGCAACAAACAAAUACACAGAAAUAUUUAUUAAAGUGUAAAACAGUUUCUUGAACUUUCUAGGUGUGGAGUUUGAUGCACAAGGCUGCCUUUGAUGAGGGGUAUAACAAUCACUUAGACAUUCCUCACCACAGACGUCUUUGAGCCUGCAGGAGGAGCGAGGUAGACUGUUUAAUCACCAUGCGUUACAUACAGAGGAACAGUAGAUACCUAACAUGUUACUGUGGUACAUACUAAAUACAGUGUAGAAACCCCAAACAGAACUCCUUUUAAACCUUUCAUUGUAAUAUAUUUUUGAUGAUUAUUCACAUUGAAUGACAGACCAGGAAUUCAGUGAAUGUCAUUUUUUAAAAACUAAUUUGUAUUGUCUGCUCUAGUGAUACAAGUUUUACUAGUGAUAAACUAUUUUAAUCAACCAUAUUAUUCUUAUGGAAAAAAAAAUCUAUUUUGGCAGGUUUCUGUGCCUUUAUUUCCCUCUUCUGAACAAAAGUCUGGGUUUCAGUAUUUUGGUUUGAUUGUAUAUUGAUAAUUAAUCAGGAAUGGGUGUUGGUGUGUGAGAAAUUGGCUAGGGAGGCACACCAGAGCUUCAAGCACAAGUCUGGGGUGUAACUCAUCCCCGACUGCUUUCACUCUGUAUGUUUCCUAAACUUGGUUAGCUUCUUUUAUAACAAACUCAGUCCCAUACUUUGAGUCUCUUGUUGCUAGCAGCAUUUCUAGGCAUUUUUAAGGGAACUGUGACAAACAGCGGUGAGCAGAUGAAUCCGGAGGCCGUCUUCUCUCCGAGACCUCUGUGUUUAAUUGUGCCUGAAGAAGCUGGAUUUUCUUUAUGCUCCCAUCUCUUCUCAUUCAUUUAUUUUAGAAUACCGAGAUAAGUUACAUAGGAGUGUGGGAUGUGGUUUCUGCCUUUUAGGGAGAGAUCAAAAUUAAACUAGUACUACAAAAUGUCCUUUUGAAUGUUAGGUCAAGAAAUCUGUGUAGAGUCCUGUGCUUCAUGGGCUGUGACUGUCAAACCUGCCUACAUAUUAGAAGUCAGAUCCUGUCAUUAAAUACUUUACAAGACAAACAGUCUGACACGAUUUCUAAGACCUAGGGCGAGUCCAUUUAUUUCAGUAUUUGAUUCAAUAAAUGUUAAGUCAAUAGAAGACUUGGAAUAGUUGAAAUUCAUUUUUAUGGGCUUUAACAGAUUUUUUUUCCUCUCCAAAUGGUUGCUAAAUCCAUUCUGUGUUAUCACUAUAGAAAUAAAUACGAAGCUGUGGACAUUG